AGAAGUUAUUAUUUUGGAGGAUGGAAGGCGAUGGGAGUUCGUCGCAUGGAUCCAAAUACGAGUGUUUACUGUUUGAUAUGGAUGAUACCUUGUAUCCCAUGAGUUCCGGUCUCAAUCUCGCUUGUCGCAAAAACAUUCAAGAGUACAUGUUGCAACACUUGCAAAUUGAAGAAAGUGAAGUGCCCAGGAUGUGCUUGGAAUUGUACAAAGAAUAUGGCACAACCAUGGCUGGUCUCAAGGCAAUUGGGUAUGAAUUUGAUGAUGAUGAAUUUCAUAGAAAUGUUCAUGGGAGAUUACCCUAUGACGACACUCUCAAACCUGAUCCAGUGUUGAGGAACCUUCUUCUUUCCAUGCCCCAACGUAAAAUUAUUUUCACCAAUGCAGACAAAGCUCAUGCAGCUCAAGUUCUAAAAGGUUUGGGUUUGGAAGAUUGUUUUGAAGGCGUCAUAUGCUUCGAGACCCUAAAUCCACCUCUACAAUCUCACUAUGAUAUUGAUGAUGAUCACUUGUGUGGUGGUGGUGGUGGUGGUGGUGGUAAUGGUAAUGGUAAUGCCUGCAAUGGUGGUGAUGUCAGUGAAUUUUCCAAGUCACGGAUCAUCUGUAAACCCUCUCCCGAAGCCUUUGAAGCUGCUAUUAGAAUAGCAAACAUCGACCCCAACAAGACGAUCUUCUUUGAUGACAGUGUUCGAAACAUUGCAAGUGGGAAAGCAGCAGGACUUCAUACAGUUAUUGUGGGCAGCUCCGAAGUUGUUCCAGGAGCGGACCUUGCUUUGAGUAGCAUUCACAACAUCAAGGAAGCACUGCCUGAGAUAUGGGAAGAUGAACGUCAAGGUGGACUACUACUUGGAGAUCAUGAUCAGUUGGAACAGAUUCUUCAAUCCACUGCUGUCCAAACUUUUGUCCUUGCUUAGAUUUAUUACUAUAAGCCUUAUAAUUAGUAAUUAUAUAUAUGCAAAAGCUGAAAGAUCU